AUGGCUUUGGCCGCUCUCUGUACCCUGCUCGCCGGUUGCUGCAUGGCGGCGGCGGGCAGCGGCCCCGCCGAGGCUGCUGCUGCGGCGGCGGCGGCGGACGCGGCGGCUAAGGAGCUGGAGUGUAAGCUGAAGAGCAUCACGGUGUCGGCGCUGCCCUUCCUGCGGGAGAACGACCUCAGCAUCAUGCACGGCCCCUCGGCCGCCGAGCCCAAGCUCCUCUUCUCUGUACGCAACGAUUUCCCCGGCGAGAUGGUGGUGGUGGAUGAUCUGGAGAAUACGGAGCUGCCUUACUUCGUGCUGGAGAUCUCAGGCAACACGGAUGACAUCCCACUGGUGCGCUGGCGGCAGCAGUGGCUGGAGAAUGGAACACUGCUCUUCCACAUCCACCACCAAGAUGGGGCACCCAACCUGCCCGGCUUUGACCCCACAGACGAGCCCCAGACCGAGUCGGCAGAGGAGGAGCUGAGGAUCCUCCACAUCUCUGUCAUGGGAGGGAUGAUCGCCCUGCUGCUCUCCAUCCUCUGCCUGGUGAUGAUCCUCUACACCCGGCGGAGGUGGUGCAAGCGGCGCCGGGUGCCGCAGCCCCAGAAGAGCGCCAGCGCCGAGGCAGCCAACGAGAUCCACUACAUCCCCUCGGUGCUGAUCGGGGGCCACGGGCGGGAGAGCCUGCGCAACGCCCGCGUGCAGGGCCACAACUCCAGCGGCACGCUCAGCAUCCGCGAGACCCCCAUCCUGGACGGCUACGAGUACGACAUCACCGACCUGCGGCACCACCUCCAGCGCGAGUGCAUGAACGGAGGGGAGGACUUCGCCAGCCAGGUCACCCGCACCCUGGACUCGCUGCAGGGCUGCAACGAGAAGGCCAGCAUGGACCUCACGCCAGGUGGGCGUAGAAUUUUUGCCUUCAAUUCUUCCUGCUCAGGCAGUGACAAUGCCAAGCUGUCCCUGAUGAACAAGUACAAGGACAACAUCAUUGCCACCAGCCCUGUGGAUUCCAACCACCAGCAGGCCACAUUGCUGUCCCACACCUCCAGCAGCCAACGCAAACGCAUCAACAACAAAGCACGAGCUGGCUCAGCAUUUCUCAACCCUGAGGGGGACUCGGGGACGGAGGCAGACACGGAUCCCCAGCUCACCUUCUACACGGACCCCUCACGGAGCCGCAGGCGCAGCCGAGUGGGGUCCCCUCGGAGCCCUGUGAACAAGACCACACUGACUCUCAUCAGUGUGACGAGCUGCGUCAUCAGCCUGGUGUGCUCUUCCCACAUGAGCUGCCCCCUUGUUGUCAAGAUCACCCUCCAUGUCCCUGAGCACCUCAUUGCUGAUGGGAGCCGGUUCAUCCUGCUGGAGGGGAGCCAGCUGGAUGCCAGCGACUGGCUGAACCCGGCGCAGGUUGUCCUCUUCUCCCAGCAAAACUCCAGCGGGCCCUGGGCCCUGGACCUCUGCGCCCGGCGCCUCCUUGAUCCCUGUGAGCAUCAGUGUGACCCUGAGACUGGUGAGUGUCUCUGCUACGAAGGUUACAUGAAGGAUCCUGUGCAUAAGCACCUCUGCAUUCGGAACGAGUGGGGAACGAACCAGGGACCUUGGCCAUACACCAUCUUCCAGCGUGGCUUUGACUUGGUACUGGGCGAGCAGCCAUCCGACAAGAUUUUCCGGUUCACCUACACCUUGGGGGAAGGUAUGUGGCUACCACUGAGCAAGAGCUUUGUCAUCCCACCAGCCGAGCUGGCCAUCAACCCCUCAGCCAAGUGCAAGACUGAUAUGACAGUGAUGGAGGAUGCAGUGGAGGUCAGGGAAGAGCUGAUGACCUCCUCCUCCUUCGACAGCUUGGAGGUCCUCCUUGACUCCUUUGGCCCUGUCCGUGACUGCUCCCGGGACAAUGGGGGCUGCAGCAAGAAUUUCCGCUGCAUCUCAGACCGCAAGCUGGACUCAACGGGCUGUGUGUGUCCAACAGGACUAAGUCCCAUGAAGGAUGGCACGGGCUGCUAUGACCGUCACAUCGGUGUGGACUGCUCAGAUGGCUUCAACGGGGGCUGUGAGCAGCUGUGCCUGCAGCAGAUGGUCCCCUUGCCCGAGGAGCCUCUGCUCUACAACAUCCUCAUGUUCUGUGGGUGCAUCGAGGACUACAAGCUGGGCACGGAUGGGCGGUCGUGCCAGCUCAUCUCUGAGUCGUGCCCUGAGGCAGGGGACUGUGGCGAGCCCCGUGAGCUGCCCAUGAACCAGACCCUCUUUGGGGAGCUCUUCUAUGGCUACAACAACCACUCCAAGGAGGUGGCCCCAGGGCAGGUGCUCAAAGGAACGUUCAGGCAGAACAACUUUGCCCGGGGCUUGGAGCAGCAGCUGCCAGAUGGGCUGAUUGUGGCCACAGUGCCCCUGGAGAACCAGUGCCAAGAGGAACUUUCUGACCCCAUGCCUGACCCUGAGUUUCUCACAGGGAUGGUGAACUUCAGUGAGGUGUCUGGGUACCCCCUCUUGCAGCACUGGAAGGUGCAGUCUGUCAUGUACCAUGUCCGACUCAACCAGCUGACCAUCUCCCAGUCCUUCAGCAAUGCACUUCACUCUCUGGAUGGGGCCACCUCCCGUGGAGAUUUCGUGGCGCUGCUGGACCAGUUUGGCAACCACUACAUCCAGGAGGCAGUGUAUGGCUUUGAGGAAUCUUGCUCCAUCUGGUAUCCCAACAGGCAGGUCCAGCGGCAGCUCUGGCUGGAGUAUGAGGACAUCAGCAAAGGCAACUCUCCCUCAGACGAGUCAGAGGAGCGAGAGCGGGACCCCAAGGUGCUCACCUUCCCCGAGUACAUUGCCAGCCUCUCCGAGUCAGGCACCAAGCGCAUGGCAGCCGGCGUGCGAAUGGAAUGCCAGAGCCGUGGGCGCUGCCCCUCCUCCUGCCCCCUCUGCCACGUCACCUCUGGUCCUGAUGUGCCAGCUGAGCCCAUCCUGCUGGAGGUCACCAAAGCAGCUCCCAUCUAUGAGCUGGUCACCAACAACCAGACCCAGCGGCUCUUGCAGGAGGCCACCAUGAGCUCACUGUGGUGCUCAGGCAGCGGGGAUGUCAUUGAGGACUGGUGCCGCUGUGACUCGAGUGCCUUCGGGGCUGAUGGGCUGCCCACCUGCGCGCCUCUGCCCCACCCCAUCCUUCGGCUCUCCACUGUUCAUGAACCCAGCAGUACACUGGUGGUGCUGGAGUGGGGGCACUCAGAGCCUCCCAUCGGGGUGCAGAUCGUCGACUACCUCCUCCGUCAAGAGAAAGUCACUGACAGAAUGGACCACUCCAAGGUGGAGACAGAGACAGUGCUGAGCUUCGUGGAUGACAUCAUCUCCGGUGCCAAGUCACCCUGCGCCAUGCCAGCCCAAGUGCCCGACAGGCUCUCCUCCACCAUCUCCCUCAUCAUUCGCUGCCUGGAGCCUGACACCACCUACAUGUUCACACUCUGGGGAGUUGAUAACACAGGAAGACGCUCCAGGUCCAGUGAUGUGACUGUCAAGACUCCCUGCCCUGUAGUAGAUGAUGUGAAAGCUCAAGAAAUAGCAGACAAGAUCUACAACCUCUUCAAUGGCUACACCAGUGGCAAGGAGCAGCAAACAGCCUACAACACUCUGCUGGACCUGGGUUCCCCCAGCCUGCACCGAGUCCUUUACCACUACAACCAGCACUAUGAGAGCUUUGGGGAGUUCACCUGGCGCUGCGAAGAUGAGCUGGGGCCCAGGAAGGCCGGCCUCAUCCUCUCUCAACUGGGGGACCUCAGUAGCUGGUGCAAUGGCCUCCUGCAAGAGCCCAAGAUCAGCCUGCAGCGCUCGUCCCUCAAGUACCUGGCCUGCCGCUACAGCGAGAUCAAGCCCUAUGGGCUCGACUGGUUGGAGCUCAGCCGGGACCUCAAGAAGACGUGCGAGGAGCAGACGCUGAGUGUCCUUUACAAUGACUAUGGUGACAAGGACUACUGA